AUGAUUAAAAGUACAGUGAGUAUUUACAACGAAAUUGAUAUUAUCACAUAUUCAAAACUUGUAUUGUUUCUGAAAUAUUGCACUAAUAUUUGGAAUAAUGGCAAUCCAUCCUUCUUUUUGAAUUACAUUUCUGGGAAAUGCACCCAACAAAGAGUUGGUUUUAACAAAUUUGGAAUGUUGGCUAAGAAACAGCAGGAAUUCCAUCCCUUAAAGUAA